AUUGGAAUUCUCCCAGUUUGGUGUUUAAUUAUUUAAAGAGUUUAAACAUAAAUAUUAAAUGACCCAAUAUGCUUUACGAAUAAAUAAUAGUACAUGAUUGGUUAUGCAUAGUGUAUCUGAUAUCAAGAUAACAUGGGAGACCAAACCAGGAUAGAUAAAAUCUAUCAGACUGCUAGAAAUGGAGAAUUUACAAAAGUUUUGCCAUUAAUUGAUGCAUCAGCAUUGUCAAGAGCAAAUGCCUUUACUAUAUUAUUAGCUACAUCAGAUGCCUGUUAUCGUAAAUCUCAGAAAUGUAAUUUAGAAUCACUUGAAAAACUAUUAAAUGCCCUAAUGUCCUAUAUAGAUGAUCUUGAUGAAAAGUAUUUGUAUAAAUAUUUUGUGGCAACGUUUCACAUACUUAAUAUCCUUUGCAAACAGGUUGCCAUCAAGGACUUAGCAAAACUAGAAAAGAUAAUUUAUCCAUCCUUUUUGAAGACUGAAAAUCUAUUAAAAGAUUCAAAAAUUGUUUCUACAUACACAAGUACUAUAAAUGUUCUAUCACAAUCUAUCAAUUCACUUGCUGCAUCUAAAAACAAGAAAUAUAAUUGCUACAUUUUGCCAAUUUUUACCAGUAUUCUUAAAGCUCAAAAGAGUCUAGACAGCCACAAAGAUUUCUUUAGAUUAGUAGAUAUAUGCUUUAAUCAGCUCCAUCACUUAGGUGCUCAGGAUCAACUGCUAUCAUUUUACAAGAUUAUAUUGAAAAUACUUGGGGAUGAUCCUGUAAAAUUCAAGGAAAAUGCUGAUUCUAUUUUGGUCCAGUUGAUUCCUAUUUACUCAAAAAUUGUAUGUGAUCUAAUCAUUAUUCCUAAACCAAAUCAUCUAAAUAUCUUUCUACAAGCUAUUCAAAGUGAUAUAAAAAAGGCUGAUUAUUACAAUUGCCAUUUAAUCUUUCAAGUCAUUGAAUUCUUACAGUGUCUUGGAAAUGAGGAAAUUGAAGCACAUAUAGAAGAGGUUAAAGGCACUAUGGAACAUUUUAGAAAUACACGAAAGAAACUCUUUGACAAUAUUAUUCACUGCUUAGAUCAACCGAUUUUGGAAGUGCUUAAAAUCUACACAAACAGGGAAAUAAAAACAUGGAAGCAGUUAAAGGCCGAUUCUAUACAGGCACUUCUUAGUUUUCUCAUGGAUAAUGUUCUUUGCCAUUCAAUGCUCACACCCAAAACAUGUAGCUGUGGCUGUGCCAUAUCAAAAAACUAUUUUACUCCCGCUAAAAUAGGUUGUCAAAUGACUCAUUUACUAAAAUUAUUCUUAGAUGAUAAUGCUGAGGAAUUACGUGAAACUAAGGAGUUUUUCUCACAGAUAGGCAAAUGGGUGGGAUACAUCUAUAACAUUAUCAAAAAAAUAAAAAAUUCUAACUGCAGCAAGUGGAAAUUUAUAUACACAGAUCUGUCUAGCUCAGUUCACAACAUGGCCCUAGUUCUGUACAAAGCUGAAAACUUAUCCUAUAAGAACUUGUGCAUUCAGUUCAUUAAAAGCUCUUUGGAAUUUGAAGGAUUGCGACCUGAACUGCUAAAGCUUCAUACCAAUACGUUUGCAUUUUGCGCUUUGAGUGAGAAUCAGUCUAAAAGUGAUAAUACCAUGGGAGCUAUGGGAUUGAUAGCACUGCAUUGUCUUUUGUAUCCGGAAAAUAGUAAUCGUUUGUUUCAGGAUUGGAUCAAAUUAAAGGUAAAAAAUAAAAAAGACAAUGAUAUACAAGAACAAACGUUGGUUUCGGCUCUUCAUAGGCAGGCAAAUCAACUGAAAAAUAUUUACGACUUUGAGAAGUUAUUUACCAAAGAAAAAAAAGUAGAAUUGCUCAUAUUUGAAUUGACUCAAUAUAAAGCAGUGUGGAGUAGUAAAACCUCGAUGUUGGCAGCUUUGGAUCAUCUAACUGAGGUUGCUGAUAUUCUAACUUUGUCCAAAGUCAUCCUAGAAAUAUACUGCGAUGAUAAAAUAAGUAGAGUGAGUAGCCCAGAUAUGGCCUCAGUUUGUUCAAGAAUCAUUAAAUGUAUGAAUGCACAUUUAGAAAAGAACUGUACAAUUGAAGUCAGGCUCGCAAUGGCCGUCUUGUAUUAUUACUAUUUCAAGGUAGAAUUCCUAACGAUUGUUGAUAAAAAUGUUGAAGAAAUGGAGCAAACCAUGCAGGCCAUUGGGUCGGCUAAGGAAUCAGAAAAAAUAGAGCUGGUGCCCAAGGAUGCGAACGAUGAAUGUGAUAUAGUGUCAGCCUAUUCAAAUUUACAACUGAGUAAAUUUUUACCAAUAUUAAAAUUGCUCGAUAAAUGCGUCGAACAUUUUGGUGAAGUAAACAUUCAAGAUAUUGGAAGUGAUAUUUCCAAAAAUAUUGCUAAAUUUUUGAUAGUUGUUGCUUUUGAAUAUAGGUUGCAACGUUUUUCAGUAAAAAGCCUUCAGGCAUUUAGCAUGUCAAUGAGUAUAGCUCGAAACAUUCAAGAGUCUGAAACUCAUUUGUUAGCUCUUAGUUACUUGUUGGAAACUGCUGAUAUACAAAGGGAAGAGGUGAAAAAUUUAGUUCAAGAAGGAGAUCAAUUACUAAAUGACAUAGAAAGUGACGAAUGCUUUAAUAAAACCAUUGCAAUCUACUACCUAUGCAAAUCAAAGUUAUACAUUAAUAUGGAUCUUUUACUUUCAUAUGAGUUUUGGAAAAAAGCGCAAGCUCAUUGCGAAAACCAAGAAAUGCUUCAGGCUGAACUACAAGUCCUUUUAUUUAAAUUAACGACAAGAAGUUGUGAAUUGAUCCCGAGAGAACACGAACGAAGUCCCAUGACUUUGAAAUUACAUAAUGCUUAUGAUAAAUGUAUCGAGUGUUAUAAGAAAACUGUUUUAACUUCCCAAGAUUUAUGUAUAGUUUUCGAUACAUGGUACGAACUAACAAAGAUCUAUGAUCAAAUGGGUGAACCUCGGAGAUUACGUGCCUACUCAAAAAAAUCCGUUUUACUAACCCAAAAAAUCAUAAUUCCCCUUCGAUGCGUUGAAUUUCUUCUUUUGUUGGCCCAAUGCGACGCAUCAACCGUAAGCUUCAACUUUUGCACGGUAAAACUAAAGGGAAUCGACGAUAUUUUCUCCUUAAGUAAAACCAAGGAAGUUUCAAAGGACCUCAUUCCAGAAAAGCUGGGUUGUAUAAAUGACAAAUUAGACAACGAUAUAGACAACUGCACAGACUUAAUUCGAGAAUUAGCGUUGGAUAUGCCCAGGCAUACAAGGCAAUUCUCCCCAGGAUCUCCCAGUUUAAUAGUGGAAGGUUUUAAGUUUCCUCGCUUUUUAAGCCACCAGAAGGAUUGCUUAUGUUUCAUGUGUAUGUGCUGGGAUUUCCAGAAGUUGCUGUUAUGGAAAUAUCGACUAAAUGCGUUGAUCAACAUGUAUGAAAAACAAGAUAAGAUGGCUGAAGAAUUUGUCGCUGGCUCACUCACACUCUACAGACGGCUGCUUCAAAACGAAGAUAGCUAUAAAAUAAAGACAGCAAAAGUCAUACCCUCGGGACUGGUUCCGAAUCUCGAAGAUAUCUUUGUAGAACCAUAUGCCAGCAUCCUGUACGACUACAGCUAUCACAUGUCAAGAAAAAAAAGCAAAGAUAAGGCUCUUGAAAUAAAUCACAAAAUCAUUGAGGUCCUGAAACCAAGAAAGGCUGAAUAUGUGUAUUUAUACAAAGAAGCUCUUUUGCAAAGAAUCAGUUACAUAGCAGCUACGCCAAAACUGGAGCUGAAGAAGGAGGAGAUUGCAGGAUCCUUUAUUAGCAAUAACAAAGUAUUUCAAACUCCGAUUAAAAAGAAAUCUGAAGUUACGAUUAAAAUUCAGGCACCAGAUUUUGUCACUCCCAAGCCGAAAAUAGGUAAAAAAUGUAACCUGUUUGGUCCUGAAGACAGUUUUAAACAAAAAGAGCGCAACCCAUCGUACGAUGAAGAUGUAUUUGCUCUUCCAAAAACCAAUAUUAGAAACCGAUUGGUUCCUUCAACCCCAGUAUCUUUCGGCACUCCUAAAAUUCAAAUAUUUACAUCUGAACCAAUCAAAACAUACAGCAGAAAGAAACCUGGCCCUGAAAAGGCUGAGCAAGUAGCGAGUUCUUCAAAUGGUAUAAUUCAAGAUGAAAAUGAACCGACUCGGGUUUCGCCCAUCAUUGCUGGUUCGACAAUGAAUAAUGCUCAAGGGGCAAUACAAGGUACACAAUUAAAACCGACGAUGGCUCGUCUUAAAAAAACAAUACUAAACGAUCAACUUCUAACUAACAAAGUAGUUUUAGAAGAAAAAAAUUAUGAGGAAAAUAAACCUUCUGCUGUAUCGCCAAUUUUGACCGGGUCAAUGAUGAGCGUUCAGCAUAAUGCCGCUCAAAGAGCAAAAGCUAAACCUCUUUUAAAACCAACCAAGACUCGUCUUACCACAAUUAAUAAAGAUUUAGAAGAAGCUUCUGCUGUUAACACUGAUAUAGUAGAACUGAGCCCGGAUGCAACAGCUAGCAAAAAGCAACGGGAGCUUUUACUAGAAAAAGUUAAAUCGUCCAUUAAGAAAUCGGCAAAGACUGCGAAGGGUGAAAGGACAACCAGAAAAGAAAUAAAAACAAGGAAAAAUUUGUUAACAGAUUUCCUUGAAGAUAAAGAUCAUGCGGUAAGUAGUGAUAAAGGAGAGAGUGUGGAUAUUUCCAAACCCAAGGGUGCUGUAAGACGAUCGGCUAGAAAUAGGAUGUUAUAAUUUUUAAUUUAAACCGUUUUAAACAAAUUAAAAUAAUUUUUUAGCUUAAAGUUGAAAAACUAUGUAAAUAGAAAUUUGUUUGCAAAUAGGUUUCAUAUUCUGUAUGCUUUAUUCAAAAUCAUUAUAGCAUUAUUCCUGAUAUAACAGUGUGUUGAAAAUACAUUUUUUGCGUGUUCCAAGAAGUAGUAGUUGUAGUUUGUUAUGAAAUGAGUUAAAAUAUAUCCUAACAGAUUCAAAAAUUUUCUAUUAAAACAAAACUUUAUUUUUUUGGAAGGCAUAUAUAUACAGGGUAUUACCAUAUUUUUUUUUCUAAAAUGUUAUAUCAGGAUCUUUUUUUUUUUGGUAGAAUAAAAUUUUAAGGUGCCUUAAUGUGCCAUAUUAUAUAAAUACAUAAUAUAUUAAAGUGGGUUGUUGUAUUGUACAAUAAAAAGUUCCUUAGAAUUGAUGUUAAUAGUACGUACUUUAGAUUUUUGACGGUACGGGUUAAAAAAGCUCUACCCAUGGCAUUUUAAGAGUGAAUCAUCAAUGAAUAAAAGUUCUUAUAAAUAAAUAAUGUAACUUGGUUAUAUACAGAGUAUUAUGAAAAUAAUAAUUUUUAAAUGUUCUUGGGGAGUUCCUCUAAAUAUAUCAUUAAACAUUAUUUCUCAUUAUCUUCAGUUAUUAUCGAUGUGACCAUGCUUUUUUGGAAUGGUUUGUAUGUAUUUAUGAAUAGCGUCAUCGAGCGACAACUUCAUAAACCAUUACAGGGUGUCCCGCGAGAUAAGAGACAAAAUGUCCCUAAGAGGGAUCAGAGACUUUAUGUAAAUUCGAGUCGAAAAUGUCCCAUGAACAUCAGUCCUCAAAGGCGCCCUUAUCGAUAUUAUAAUUUUUUUUUAGUUUAAUUGUGGCAAUGGGACGAAAACUACAAUACUGCAAAAAAUUAUUUUAUCCAACAAAUAUUUCAAUGUGUUUAUCUCAAGACAAAAGCUAUUAAAUUAAAAAAAAAAUAUAUAUCCCAUAUUCGAUUUGAAUUUACAUAAAGAAUAUGUGGAGAUUUAUCUCUUACCUUAUGGAAGACCCUGUAUAUUUAAUAAUAAAUUAUAAUUUUCAUUUUGUUUUAAAGUGUAUACUAUUUUUUCUACAAUAAUAUUCGCAGUAAAUACCGCACAACUGAUAGUGGUUAAAAAUUGUGAUAAAAGUUCCUCCUAGAUAUAUGGAGAUAUGUAGUUCCUAAUAUGGAGCUUUUUCCCAAAUUUUUCUUUCACUUUUGUUUUUUAAUAUAUUCGACCAAAGAAUUACUUCUUAAGGCUUGUGGGCAGAGCUUCUAGACAAUCCACAAAAAUAGUUUAAUUAUUGUUAUAAAAAUUUCGAUUGUAAAAUGAAUUUAAAACAACAUUUUUUCAAAAUAUAUUGUUAAGAUAAUCGCUUGUAUUUGUGAUGUUUUAUAUAGAAAAUGUGUAAAUAAAAUUAUGAAACAGA